AAUAGAAUUUACAUUAAAAAUAGAACCGUGCAUCUUUUUAUAGGCAUAAGGAUAUGUUUAUCAAAUUCAGAUCAUACUAGUUCUUUAUUAAUUAGUUAAUAUCUGUAUCAUAUUCGAAAAUUGUAGAGGCGGUUAAAUGGACGGCUGGACAAGUUAAAAUUAGCUUGUUGUCAACAGAGUGGAAUUUCUUAUCGCAUUUUUCACAUCUAAAUCAUUGCUCGGUUUUAGGGUUUUAGUAUGGUUGUGACUUUCUAUAAAGUAUUUCAAUUUUUAUUUUGCUUGGAUGUCGUAUAUACUCAGCAACAGUGUGUGGGGGAUAACGGCGUUGAGUGUUGUGAAGGAUAUAUGUGGAAUAAUAAUAUAAAACAAUGUAUCAAGUGCCUAAUUGGUUACCUUGGGACAGCUUGUGAUUUUAAAUGUCCAUAUCCUUCAUUUGGCGACAGCUGCCAAGAAAGAUGCUCCUGCAACAAAACACUCUGUCACUUUGCUUUAGGAUGUACAUUAGAUGCAUCAAGUAGAGAAAAUGUUGAAAAUCAUACAUUAAUCCAUCAAAUAUUGACGACAUUAAAACCUUUAACAAAUUAUUCUACGAUGUAUAACGUUGCAAGGGACAAAGACGAAAAAUAUCUGGACAAAUCAACGAAAGAACUACUAUUUGUUUUAGUGUGUGUUAACUCAGUAGUAGUGCUAGCUGCUGUUAUUUACAUCUUUAAAUGCAUUGUAAAAAGAGCCCAGACAACGAGAGGUAGUCAUCAUGCAUCAAAUUCCUUAAAAGAUAGUGGACAUGAUUACGAGACAGCAGAAGAUACAGAAAGAAACGUAGCUUAUAACUUUAUUCCUGAUCAACAAUACAGUACUGUUACAGUAAACAUCAGCUCUCCUGAUCAGGUACAGGGGGAUCAGGGUUCUCCUGAGAAAAGGAGAAUCGAAGAAAAUAUAUCAGUGUUGAACUCUCAGGAAACAGGUGGUUACCUUAUACCUUCUUCAAUAUCGUUGGCAUGA